GGCCCUUCAAAGUCAGGCCACCGGGGUCUAGAGGGGCUUCUUCGCAGUGGCAGGCGGGCGGUUGGCACCGAGGGUUCGUCAUUCGUGAACCUGCAGGUGGCAGUUAUAGGGAGACAGUGAGAUCCGUCCUCCUCGCUGUCUGUCUGCCGAGAAAACUCCAACUCGAGUACCAACAGGACAGAGCCCCUGGACUGUCAGGUUCUGGCCAGGAAGAAGGAGAAGAGACUCACCUGCCAGAGAGCCCAAGUGUGUCUUGAGGACCAAGCCAUCAACCUUAGGAUGCCCCUGCCAAGGCGUAGGGUGAAGAAAGGCAAGAAGGCUCGUAAGAAGCCAUCUUCUGCGCAUGCCACAGAUAAGGUCCCAGCAGCCCCUGGAAAGCCCCAGGAGAUCUCCAAUCUGGUCGUGUUGACAACCUCUGACAAGGCCGAGGAUGAGGGGGCCUCCAAGCCCGCGGAAGUGCAAUGUGUCCCAUCCCUGGAGCUGUCUGGCCCUGCCACUGUGGCCAGUACCCUCCAGAUGCUGUCAGACAUGGAGCAGGAGCGGAUAGUCCAUCGCAAACGCAGCAGGGUCGACACAGCUGCCCCUCAGCCUCUGGAGUUCCUGAAGACCCCUUAUGGAGGCCGCCUUCUGGUGCACCAGUCAUUUCUCUACAAGCAGGAGAAGGCCGUGGGGGAUAAGGUGUACUGGAAAUGCCGGCAGCACGCGGCACUGGGCUGCCGGGGUCGGGCCAUCACCCGCGGUCUGCGGGCCACAGUGAUGCGAGACCACUGUCAUCCGCCUGAUGAGGAAGGCCUGGAAGCCCGGCGCCAGAAGGGGAAACUGCCCGGCCCAGCCCUGCCCGAGGCCUUGGAAGACUCUCAGGAUGCGGAGGAGGGCCCAACACGCCAAGUGGAGGAGCGACUUGAGGGAGUGAGCCUGUGGCUGUACCCCGUGGAGCUGGAGUCCCAGCCAGAGGAGAGCGAGCCAGCUCCCCCAGAGAAUGAAGGGUACCGGUCCCUCUCACUAAUGAGCUUGCCGCCCAAGAAGCGCCCCACCCCAGGGAUGAAAUGGUUGCGGCCCCUUGAGUUCCUAAAGACGUGCUAUGGGGGCAACUUCCUGGUACACCAGUCCUUCAUCUACAAGCGGGAAAAGACCGUGAGGGGCAAGGUGUAUUGGACCUGCCGGGACCACGCGGUGUAUGGCUGUCGCAGCCGCGCCAUCACCCAGGGCCAUCGGGUGACAGUGAUGCGUGGCCACUGCCACACCCCCGACAUGAAGGGCCUGGAGGCCCGGCGGCAGCAGGAAAAGGCCAUAAAGAAGGUGCAGAUGGCCAAGCCGUACAUCACCGAGGACUGCAGCGAUGUGCUGCUCAGAGGGGUGAACAGUCUGUUCUACCACAGGGGAAGUCUUACCAGGUCCAGAAAACAAGCCACAGUGAAGGAUCAGGAGAUGACAGCUCAGCCAGAAUCCCCACAGGAGUCCCCCGAUGAGGACCAGGACGUGGACCCUGGAGGCCCUGAGUUCCUGAAGACCCCUCUGGGGGGCAGCUUCCUGGUGUACGAGUCCUUCCUCUACAGACGGGAGAAGGCAGCUGGUGACAAGGUGUACUGGACGUGCCGGGACCAGGCGCGCAUGGGCUGCCGCAGUCGCGCCAUCACCCAGGGUCGGCAGGUGACUGUAAUGCGUGGUCACUGCCACCCGCCCGACCUGAUGGGAUUGGAGACCCUGAGGCAGCGGGAGAAGCACCCCAGUGCCACUCAAUGGGACAGUCCAGAAGGUCCUGAGUUCGUGAAGACCCCUCUGGGGGGCAGCUUCCUGGUGUACGAGUCCUUCCUCUACAGACGGGAGAAGGCAGCCGGUGACAAGGUGUACUGGACGUGCCGGGACCAGGCGCGCAUGGGCUGCCGCAGCCGCGCCAUCACCCAGGGCCAGCGGGUGAUGGUCAUGCGGAAGCACUGCCACCCGCCCGACCUGGGGGGCCUGGAGGCCCUGCGGCAGCGGGAGAACUUCCCUAACCUGACCCAGUGGGAAGGCCCAGAGCCCCUGCAGCCGCUGGAGUUCCUGCGGACAUCCCUGGGGGGCCAGUUCCUGGUGUUCGAGUCCUUCCUCUACAGGAAAGAGAAGGCUGCUGGAGAGAAGGUGUAUUGGAUGUGCAGAGAUCAGGCUCGCCUGGGCUGCCGCAGCCGCGCCAUCACCCAGGGCCGACGGGUCAUGGUGAUGCGAAGCCACUGCCACCCGCCUGACCUGGCCGGCCUGGAGGCCCUGCGGCAGCGGGAGCGACUCCCCAGCAAGGCCCGGAAGAAGAACCCAGAAAAGAGAAAACUGCUGCCUGAAGUUCAACUGUGCCUCGAAACUUGUUCUCCUGAGAACCAGAAGACGUGUGGGAACCUUGAAGCUAUAACCCUGCACAGCGCAUCCCAGUGAGGAGAAUCUCCUGCAAAGCCACCAAGGAGCACUGAUGUUCCCAUCCACAAAGGCAUCUCCCGGCCACUCAGACCCGCUUGGCAGAAGCGCUUUCACUCUUCCAAAGCAUCCGUGACCCUCGCGCAUAGUCAGCUGUCCCCCAGGAGGAGUGCUUGCACUGUGGGUGUGGACCCUGUGUGGGUCAACAGUAGUGCUGAUGGGGGGGGCUUGCAGAGCCCUUCUGUACAUUGUGGGUGUUGGUGCAGUGGUUGCUGUUGCCUUUCUGACCCUGGAACGUUGUGGAGAAACAUGUCUGGACUGAGAUACCUCAACCCCAUUCUGCUGCUCCAAGCUGCUGGCACCCAUCUGCUUUUAGAGCCUGGGACUUUGCCAAGGACAUUCCAGUGGCCCUUGGUGAGCUCAGUGAAAUUCAGUGAAUUGAAACGUCCUCCCGAAUGUGCAGGAAGUUCCUGCUACCUUCCCAAGACUGUGCAGGCCAUACCUGGUCUUUCAGGUCUUUUGGAGCCUUCCUGGUCUUAUUAGGCUGCCUACUGGGUGUGGCUGGUCCCAACAAGACCAUGACAGAGCAGGCCACGAUUUAGGUUGUGCCCAUUGCACCCGCCUUCUGUCAGGCUUCCUCUCCUGCGUCAUUUCCACAUUGAAUUAACCGGCGCCCACAGGAGGUACCCUUCCUGGCAUGGGAACCAGUCCAGAAGCUAGCAGGAAGUAGCCCUGAGUAGACCCGCCUUUAUCUCACGUGCACCCCCGCGAGUUGCCACACGGUGUCACCUGUCACCGACCCACGAGCUUUAGAUGGUGGCGAGGAGGUGUGCCCCUUUCUGUGGGGAGCCCGCGAGUGCAGGCCAGCCGUCCAAGUGAGAGGGCCUCAGAGGGGCACACUAACAUUACCGAGGACUGCUUGCCAACAAGGGACACCCUGGGCAGGGCUGUCCCCACCCUGCCACACAGGAGGGAGUGCGCAGUACUCCUCUCCCCGGCUCAUGGGCCCCAGCGUGGCCGCCCCUGUGGGAUGGGUAGUGGGUACCGUGCGGUGCCUCCCCAACCGGCCUCUGCGCAUCUGCUUUCCCUAAUAAACCCUCUUCAGCCUUGCCGUCUGAA